CGACAACUGAAACAAUGACCACUCCAACGACAACCGCAACGUCGACCACCACUGAAACAACUACAGCUUCCUCAAUGACUGAAACAACAACUACUCCGACAACUACCGUAACGUCAACCACAUCUGAAGCACCUUCAACUCCCACAACUACUGAAACAACUACCACUCCAUCGACAACCUCAACGUUGAUCAUCACUGAAACACCUACAACUCCUAUGACUACUGGAACAACUACCACUCCAUCAACAACUGCAACGUCAACCACAACUGAAACAACAACAGAACCAAUGACUGCUGAAACACCGACCACUCCAUUGACAAUGUCAACUAACCCUGAAACACCCACAACUCCCACAACAACUGAAACAACUACCACCUCGACGACCACUACAGCAUCGACCACACUUGAAACAACGACAACUCCCACGUCCACUGAAACAAUUACCACCCCAACGACAACCGCAACGUCCAGCUCAACUGAAACACUUACAACUCCGACCACUACAGAAACAAUGACAACCGCAACGUUGACCACCACUGAAACAACUAAAACUUCCACGACUACAGAAACAGCUCCCACCCCAACAACAAGUGCAACGACAACCACGCUUCAAGCUCCUACAAUCCCCUUGACUACCGAGGCAACACCCACUCCAACACCUAUUGUAACGUCAGUCACAACUGAAACACCUUCAACUGCAACGACUACAGAAGAAACUACCACUCCGAUGACAACCGCAACAUCAAUUGCAACGUCAACCACAACCGAAAGUACUACAAUUCCCAUGACUACUGAAACAACUAUCACACAUAUGACUACAGCAACAUCAGCCACAGGUGAAACAACUAUAGCUCUCACAACUCCUCAAGCAACUACAUCUGCAGUUUCAACCACACCUGAAACAACUACAACUACGCCUUCUGUACAAACAUCCAUCACCCCAACAACUGCAGAACUCUCCACCAUGACCAACACUACAACUGAACCCACUAUGACAACUACAGAACCCACAACCACAACCAGUGAACUGACUUUGACCACUGAUGAACCCUCCACGACCAGUACUGAACUCACCACAACAACAACUGAAUCAACUACUACAACUGAAUCCACCACGACCACAACUGAACCCCGAGUAACGACCACUGAAUCCUCUAUAACAACAACUGGACCGAUCACAACAACAGCUUCUUCUACUGGUCCUCCCUUUGGAAAUGAAGGUUAUCUCAAUAUGACCUUCAGAAUGAGUCUUCCGUUUACUGAGGCUCUGAAGAACACAUCAUCGCCAGAAUCUAUCAGUUUGUCUCUCAACGUCACCACUGAGUUGAAUCGGGUGUACAUGGGGUCGUACCCUGUUACUUUCCUCAGGACCUUUGUCACAGGCUUCCGGAACGGAUCUGUGGUUGUCAGUGCCAACCUGAUCUACACAAACCAGUCAGUGGUUCCCAGUGUUACUGAUGCAGAGGGGACUUUGAAAGUCACCAUUAACAGCUCCGCAGUCUUGUUGGAUAUUAUCCCAUCCAGCAUUACUGCAGCUCUGCCAAAUUCUGGGACUGACACAACUACAGCUGAAACUCCAACCAUGACAGAGACCAUGACCACUACAACCGAAACAUCUACUGCUCCAACCUCUACGGAAUCC